CGUGAGUACAUCGAGUUCGUACGACGCAUAACGAUUCUGUUAACACUCCUGAUCACGGCUUGUGAUUCCUACGAUCUUCCAAUCCAAAGAUUCGGUGUGCCUGUGUGUUCUUAUCGGGAAUCAUAGAACUUCGACCCUGUGGCAUCCCUUUCUAGAUCCAUCCGUUUGGUCAGCCAUCAGUAGUGAAGUUGUUCACCGGUUAUAUUAAUUUUGUGCUUUGGUAUGCAGGACGUUGGGACUCCAGUAACACUCCAUAUGUCCUUCCAGAAAUAAUUCUGAACAAUCACAACUGCGUGGUCCAAGUCGAUCCGAGUGAUAGUCUAAAGAUCCGGACAGGAUCUGUUUAUCCUUUGUAUAGACCCGGAGAAAGGAUUUUUUGGGAUAGAGACUUUCUUGGUUCUUGUGAAAUUGCCGACGGUACCGUUCUCUCAGGGUAAAAAACCACCUGCCGAGAUGAUGAAUCUUCCCAGUAGAACCGAGGGUGUGAAUCAAUUGCGACAUCAGGGUACCAGUGGCGAUCGGACCGCGCAAUUGGAACAGAACAUGAAGUUCCUCCAGGAGCAGCAUCAGGCAACCUUGGUGUCUCUUCAUCAGGAGGUCGAGAAUCUUCGUCAGAGGAACAGAGACCUGCAGUUCCAGCUGGUCUUCUCAAAAGGAAAUGUCUGCGUACCUAGCAGUCCUUCGUCACCCGAGGAUAAUGGAAAUGGGUUCGUCAAAGCAAAAGGUAGCCCAGUAUGCGUUAACCUCGCGCCACUACAGGUGGAACUGCUCGAGAGAGACCUACAGGACAUCAAGGCGUCUCUCCAUGAGGCCAAAACACACAAUCUCUAUCUCUCGGAGAUAAUCGAACGACAAAAGAAAAAAUUGGAUCUGGUCGAGGAACGCAAGGAGAAACUGUCAAUGGCCGACGCCGCCAUUCAAGUCGGUAGCGUCGUAGAUUCACAUCACGCCGAUUUAGCGACGCGUCUUGAGGACGCCGAGGCGAUGGUGAAAUGUUUGCGUCGUGAAAACGAAGAUCAGCGACGUGAAAUAGCCUCGUUGAAGACGAGUUCGACUAAUGGCAAUAGCAGUGGCAAUGGCGGUCGAAGUCGUGGCAGUCAUAAUGGACACCACAGUCGAGGAUCAGCAAACAGUACAGGACAGGAUCAGACAUCCCACAAAUUUCCACCGUUGCAUACACAGAGUUUUUGGCACCGUGGCUCAAGAGGAAAUCACAGUUUUGACCAGAACUCGGAUUAUCAUCGAAACGGAAGAAGUCGACAGGAUAAACAAGAUCGCGAACAGGAAGUUGACAGCACGGUCCUCCCGCAGCUACGCAAUGGCAACGUUAGACUAGACACACGAAGCUAUCCGCCAUUUUAUCGAUCGCGAGACUUCCACAAUAACGGUGGUAGCUAUCAUCGCGAGGGCGGCAAUCGUAAGUAUCGUGGACAGAGAUCGCAGAGGGAUCGUAGAGAGCCAGACUCGCGAGAACAUCGACGAGAUUACAAGGACAGGGAUUCCAAGGAACAGCACAAAGAAUAUUCGGAAUGUGGCGAGAGCUCAAGAGACACAAAGAACUCACGACAAGAGUAAAUAACCGAGAGUGGUGAUACGGAAAAGGAAUUCGGAAAUUUUGCUAAAUGUUAUCGCGAUUUUAAAUACUGAGUGAUCAGAUUUUUCUCGUCGAGAUGUUAGAGAGAUCGAUGCUGCUGGCUUCGUAGGAUAUCAGAUCAAAAAGUUAGCUAUAUACAAAGAAAAUUGAGAUGCCUGCAUCGAUAGAUUCGGAUGAACGUAUUUAUCAGUGUGUAAUAACGAGAACAAAAAGACCCGUUUCUAUACAUUUUGUGCUUCGUGCAUUAGACGGCAUAGUUAACAGGCGAUAGAGAUAGACGAUAGAGAUCAUUGUUACGAAAUAUGAAGGAUUCUAAAUAAGAAGAUGAAGUUAGAUGAAAGAAGAAUUGCCUGUUAUUGCUAAUGACUUCUGGUGAAACUGCUUCUGCAUAUUCCCCAGUGAAUUUCUAGCAUCUCCCAGAAAAAUCCUGACUUCGAGACGAUCCGGGCAUAAUACACAGACAUACAUAUAUAUACAUAUAAACAUAUAUUUUUCGCUUGGUAUUUAUUAUUAAUUCUUAACAGAUAUUUCUCAAGCGAACUUACCGUGUCUAUUCUCUACGUUAUUGUCAAUAGAAAUAGUCUAUAUAUUUUGGUAUGUUUAUUAAAGGAUUUCUUCUAAUUGUUACUUAGGCCUCUCCUGUCGCGAACUCCUAGCCUUGUAUACCAUUUCCGAGGAUAAAAAAGGAUUACUCAGUAUUUCUUUAAACUCUAUGGAAAUGUAAUCAACGUCAGCGUGUCAUUAUACUCCAUUACAAUUUAGAGAAAGGGGAUCGGAGCUUUCUUCUAGCUUGUGAAACAGUUCUUUCCUUUAUUCUAUAGGAUCAGAUUGCUUUUCACAAGCUCGCUGAAUCCUUUGAGACAUUUAUAUAUUCGACCAUUGCAUUUGAUUGACCGAUACAAUACGUAUGUAUACUCCAACGGUAUUACAAACUAAGUUUUCCGAAUUUCAGCAGCGAUCUUGUAAGCAAAUCGCAUUGUGGACUGGCUCCGUAAUAACUAAAUAGGCUUGCCAAAAUAAGCUGACCAGGCUAAAUCAAUAUUUCUCAUACUACUAUUCGGAUUGAAAUAUUAAAAAUCCUUUAUAAUUAUGAGAUACGAGACUUGUAUGCUUGAAUGGGUGAUAUAUUAAAUGAAUAAAUGAAUAUUGCACA